AUGAACUUCGAAAACCUCACUGUGUUCAACGUGGAGAGGGUGAAGACCCUUGGCCAUCACAUUGUCACUACGAAAUACGAACAGAUCGCCAAUGUCGACUUUAGGCAUGUCGUUGCUACGGGCGUCGAGAGCUUUCUGACCAUGAAAGGCUUGGAGAAGGUGAAACUCUUGGGCUCUUGCUUGCUCGGCUCCUGGCUCGUAUAUCUUGUGGUGGGCAUCAUCUAUCGCGUUUAUUUCCAUCCACUGGCGAAAUACCCCGGGCCAUUCCUCGCGAAGAUCACCAAUUUCUACGGGGCAUACUACAAUGGUAGAGGCGAGCUCCACAUUCAGACCGAGAAAGGGUUCAAAGAAUAUGGCCCGGUGAUCCGACAAGGUCCGAAUAAAUUGAUGUUUCAGAGCGAAACAGCUUUGAUGACCAUCUAUCAAUCAAAACAUGAUAUCCAAAAGUCGAAAGGCUACACGAGCAUGGUUCCCACUCCUGGCGCGUGGAAUACAUUUACGGCUGUGGACAGAGAAUAUGCUCGCUUCAGGCGCCGCAUCUUAGGCCACGGCUUCGCAGACCACCGCAUCCGAGAGUUCGAGCCCAUAAUUCUCCACCACGCCAAGAUGUUCGUCAAGCGGCUCUUAUCGAGCCCGGACCCCGAGAGCGUCGGGAAAUGGUCUACAGUUUGGAACAUGACUGAAAACUGCCGCCACAUGGCAUACGACAUCAUGGGCGAAUUCGGGUUCGGACAGACCUUCGGGCUACAGACGAGCGAUAAAAACCAUUUCAUCAUCGAUGCUAUUCAUGUUGCAGUCGCUAGGGCCGGAGUCUAUGUGCAGUAUCCACAGCUGCAGAAGUGGAAUUUGGACAAGGUGUUCUACAUCAACGCCUGGAAGAUGCGCACCAAGUUCUUCGAGCUCAUGGGCCGUAUGGUGCAUGAACGUGUCUCGGAGGGGAAGCACGCGAAGAAGGACCUCUUCUCGUUUGUCAUCGACGUCAAGGAUCCCGAGACUGGCAGAAGUCUUACUGAGACGGAGCUCGCUGCCGAGAGCAGGUUCCUGCUGAUUGCUGGUGCGGACACUACCUCGACGGGUAUGACAGGAAUUUUCUUCUAUUUGGCUUCGAAUCCAGAGGUCUUCAAGAAGUUAGCACACGAGAUUCGCACGACUUUUGAUGAUCCCAAUGAUAUUCGCGGCGGCGCGAAACUCAAGUCCUGCAAGUAUCUUUACGCAGUUAUGGACGAGUCUAUGAGGAUGUCACCACCUGUUAGUUCUGCCCUUUGGAGGGAGGUGACUUCCGACAAUUUUAUGGUGGACGGCAAUCACGUUCCCAAAGGAAUGGACGUGGGCUGCUCGCUCUACGCAUUCCACCACAACGAAAAAAUCUUCUCAGACUCGUACACCUUCAACCCCGACCGCUGGAUGGUGUCCGAAUCGAACCCGGCUGAGAAGGUUGCGGCUUUGAGAAAGUACUUCAACCCUUUCUCGCUCGGGACGCGUGUCUGUUCAGGAAUGAACUUUACGCUCACCGAGUUGGCCGAUUCGAUCGCGGCGGCGGUGUGGUACCUGGAUAUGGAAGCUCCCGAUACAACGGCGGAAGGGUUGGGUGGGGGCUAUGUUGGCGCGAAGUACGGCAGACAUCGUCCGCAGGAAUUCCAGCUGUAUGACCACAUCACAUGUGGGCACGAUGGGCCGUACCUGAAGUUUCGCUUGAGAGAGGGCGCCAAAAAGUGGGCGGCUGAGCUGAUGGACAUGUCCGCGACACGAGAGGAGUAG